GGUGCGGCCCAUAGUGCGGCCCUUCAGCAGUUUUUCAAACACCAAACGCAUCUCAACUACGCUUUCUUCCCAUUGCAACCGCCGGAUCUUUUUUCAGUCAUCAGCCAUAAUGCCCAAGUCAAAGGAAGUGUUGUCUUCUACUUCUGGUAGUGACUCUGACAGCGAGGUGGAGACCAAGGCCAAAAGGAAGAAGCCCAGCAUACCUGAGAAGCCGGCCAAGAAGCAGAAGAGUGGGGAGAGCUCCCGGCCUGGAGGUUCUGCCAACGCCAAGGGGGAUUCCAACCAGGAAGACAACAUGUUCCAGAUUGGUAAAAUGAGAUAUGUCAGCGUGAGAGACUUCAAAGGCAAAGUGCUGAUCGACAUCCGAGAAUACUGGAUGAACCAAGAUGGUGAGAUGAAGCCAGGCAAAAAAGGUAUUUCCUUGAACCCAGAACAGUGGAGCCAGCUGAAGGACCAGAUCUCUGAGAUCGAUGAUGCGGUAAAGAGAAUAUAACACCCUCGCGGUGCCACAAAACAUGAGCUUGCCUAGUGAUUUUAGUUGUUUGCCGCCAACUUUUACAUUUGGCAGAAAAAGGUUUUGUAAACAACUGAUUUCUUUUUUAACUAGCCAGAUGCAGUUAUGUCCCAAAUAGUCUUUCCUGCAUGUGCUGUGACGUUUGUGUUGUUUUUGAUCUAUCAAAGUGUGUAUGAGUGGGUGCUGUGUGUCUGUUGCUGGUGGGUAUAGUUAUGUUAUGGAGAGUGCUGAAGUGUACUUUGUAUUGAAUAGCACAAUAAAGGCUACUAAGCCUCUUAAUUUAA